AGAACUCUUCAAAAUUCAGAAAAUCUUCAAUCUCAAAGUAAAGAAAAUGCAGAUGGAAAGGGAGGAAAUGGAGAGGGAAAAGAAAAAGAAAAGACGACAGGUUGAGGAGGAAGAAGCUGCUCCUCAAGGCUCAGAGGAGGAUGAUACACUAAAGAUACCAGAGGCUGUGAAUAUCAUCAAUGCAACAAUUGAAGACAUCAAGACAUUCAAGAGAGAGCACCUGGUUGAUAUUUGGGACUACUUUUUUUCAAAGCAUACAACUUUGGAUGAUCAGAUUGUCAAGACUCAGACUAUGAGAGGGUCUCCAUUCAUCAAACCUUUUGAGAAAGAGAUCAAAGAGAAGUUGAUGCACACCCAGGAGUGUAUCGAUGAGUGGCUGAAAGUCCAAGCCCAGUGGUUGUAUCUGGAGCCGAUAUUUUCCUCCGAAGAUAUCAUGCAGCAGAUGCCAGAGGAAGGUCGGCUGUUUCAGAUGGUGGAUAGGAACUGGAGGGAUGUUUUGGUUGCAUGCAACAUGGCAGGACUGUUAGAGAAGCUACAAGACAGCAAUGUCCUCCUGGAUAAAAUCAACAAGGGACUUAAUGCUUAUCUUGAAAAGAAACGACUCUUCUUUCCAAGAUUCUUUUUCUUGUCAAAUGAUGAAAUGUUGGAGAUUUUAUCUGAGACGAAGGACCCAACAAGAGUACAGCCUCAUCUGAAGAAAUGCUUCGAGGGAAUAGCAAAACUUGAGUUUGAUGAACAGCUGGAUAUACAUGCCAUGUUCAGCAGUGAAGGAGAGAAGAUUUUGCUCACCCAGAUAAUCUCCACCUCCGAGGCACGUGGGGCUGUUGAGAGGUGGCUACUGCAAGUGCAGGAUGUGAUGCUGAUGUCAGUCCGUGAUGUUAUAGACAGAGCAGUGGAGGCUUACCCUCGGACUCCACGAACAGAAUGGGUUCGAGAAUGGCCUGGACAGGUUGUGCUCUGUGUAUCACAGGUAAACUGUACUGGAUUGCUGUACUGCUGCUGGAGAAUGUUUAUGAAUGACCUAGUUGCACUGGUCAGAGGCAAACUGACAAAACAACAGAGAAUCACUCUUGGGGCUCUGGUCGUCAUUGACGUACAUGCCCGCGAUGUUAUACUGGACAUGGCAAACAAAGGUGUCGCCACAGAAAAUGACUUCAACUGGCUGUCGCAGCUGCGCUACUACUUUGAAGACAACAAGAUGCUUGUACGAAUCACCAAUGCCACAGUCAAAUACUGCAAUGAAUACCUGGGUAACUCGGGCCGGCUUGUGAUUACACCCCUCACAGACAGGUGUUACAGAACUCUUGUAGGGGCUUUUCAUCUGAACCUCAACGGGGCCCCUGAAGGACCAGCAGGAACAGGCAAGACGGAAACAACCAAAGAUUUGGCCAAGGCAAUAGCUGUUCAGUGCGUGGUCUUUAACUGCUCAGACGGGCUGGACUACAUUGCUAUGGGAAAAUUUUUCAAAGGACUUGCCUCGGCUGGUGCUUGGGCAUGCUUUGACGAAUUUAACCGCAUUGAUCUGGAAGUUCUGUCUGUGGUAGCCCAGCAG